CUGCUCCAGCACCCUAACACCAAGUGCAGCUGUUGCCUCAGCCCCGGGGCUGUGGGAUUCCUCUGACAGGCAUGUUCCCCUACCUGCGGUUUCCUCCAGCAUGCCAUAUAAUCUCCACAGAAAUCCUAGAGUUCAAUAAAAAUAGGAAGUAUCUUCUCAGGAAUUGCAUUUGCUAUCUCAAACGAGCUCCUCUGAGCCUCUGGGUAGAUAACACCACUUCCUUAUCCUCACCCGGACAGCGUAAGGACGGUGACUUUAAUGCUGAUUUUAAACCGUCUGUGUUUUUGUGUGUGCUGGAAAGGUCAACAUGACUGUGGUGGUCAUCUGCCAUCUGUAUAACCCGUGCAACCUGACAGGUGUCUCGGCGUGGCUGGUGGCUGCUAAAGGACCUCCGGGGACGCCCUUGUCGGGUUGGAAACGUGGCUUUGCCGACGGCGCUGGCGGAGAUGAGGACGGCGGAGGACUCGAACGGGACGGUCCUGCACCGCCUGAUCCAGGAGCAGCUGCGCUAUGGGAACCUCACGGAGAACCGCACUCUGCUGGCCAUCCAGCAGCAGGCCCUGCGCGGCGGUGGCGCCGGCAGCCCCCGCUCCUCCCUGGAGAGCCUCAGUGCCGAGGAGAGCCAAAUGGUGCAGCAGUCCACACGGCAGGAACCCCAGGGCCAGGAGCAUCACUCUGACCACAUCUACUUGGAGAACAGUGUCUAUCGGCUCUGCCAGCCCCAGCACAAGGGCGAGGAGCUUCCAACCUAUGAGGAGGCCAAGGCGCAUUCCCAGUACUAUGCCUCUCAGCGGGGUGGGCAGCAGCAUGGAGGGGCCAGCACAGGGAUUCGGGGUGAAAACAGCCCACGUGGGGCUGAGAGCAACAGCACCCGACGCCCCGAUGAGGGGCUGAAGGACCUGAAGCAUGGCCACGUGCGGUCACUGAGUGAGCGGCUGAUGCGGCUGUCGCUGGAGAGGAGUGGGGCCAACACACAGAGCCCCAUCAGUGCCUCCCACAGCUACCCCCAGCUCUCCCGUCACCACCAGCUGGCUGCCCUGCAAGGGCAGCACCCUGAGGGGCCAGAGCCAAGGGGACCCCCUCCAGAGUAUCCCUACGUCAUCCCUUCCCAGGACACUUACCUGUCUGAACCCCGACCCUGCUCUCAGGAAGGUCCUGGAUUUCAGCAUCCCGAAAUCAGGGUGCUGUCCACCCAUGUCCCCACUGCUUUCCUGCCGCUGCCAGGCGCUCUGUGCCCAGGCACACUGGGUCCUGCUGGUGUGGAGGCACUAGUGAAUGCCCAGGCGGUCUCAACCAGCAACCGCCUGGCCCGGGUGGACGCCGUUCUGCGGGACAACGAGAGGCUCCAGCGGGACAACGAGAAGCUGCGGCGGGAGCUGGAGAGCUGCUCUGAGAAGGCGAGCCGCAUCCAGAAGCUGGAGAGCGAGAUCCAGCGCAUCUCAGAGGAUUACGAAAACCUCGUCAAGGCCUCUUCCAAGCGGGAAGCUUUGGAGAAAGCCAUGAGGAACAAGAGAGAUGGUGAGAUGCGGCGGCUCCAGGACUUUAACCGGGACCUGAAAGAGCGGUUGGAGUCGGCAAACAAGCAGCUGGCCAGCAAGACCCAAGAAAGCCAUGACAGCAACCAGGGCAGCAUGGCAAAGCUCCUGGCGCAAAGCUAUGAGCACCAGCAGGAGAAGGAGAAGCUGGAGCGGGAGGUAUCCCUGCUGCGCAGCGCCAACGAGGACCAGCGUCGGCGGGCAGAGCUGCUGGAGCAGGCGCUGGGCAGCGCCCAGGCGCGGGCAGCCAAGGCAGAAGCUGAGCUGCGGAAGAAGCGUGCCUACGUGGAGAAGGUGGAGCGGCUGCAGGCAGCCCUGGGACAGCUCCAGGCCGCCUGUGAGAAGCGGGAGCAACUGGAGCUGCGGCUCCGCACCCGCCUAGAGCAGGAGCUGAAGAUGCUGCGGGCUCAGCAGAGGCAGGCAGGCACUGUGGGUGCAGGGACACCGGAGCUGAGUGCCCACACACUCUCAGAGCAGCUGAGGGAGAAGGAGGAGAAGAUCCUGGCCCUGGAAGCUGACAUGACCAAGUGGGAGCAGAAGUACCUGGAGGAAUGCACCAUGCGGCAGUUUGCCAUGGAUGCCGCGGCCACUGCAGCCGCCCAGCGGGACACCACUCUCAUCAGCCAGUCCCCGCGGCAUUCCCCCAACAGCAGCUUCAAUGAGGACCUCCUCCUGGCCAGCCACAAGCACCAGGAGAUGGAGAACAGGUUAAAAGCCCUUCAUGCCCAAAUCCUAGAGAAGGAUGCUGUCAUCAAGGUCCUGCAGCAGCGCUCGCGGAGGGACCCCAGCAAAGCUCUCCAGGGCUCCUUGCGACCAGCCAAGUCUGUGCCCUCCAUCUUUGCUGCCUCAGCAGCCCUGAGCUGGCCAGGGGCUGGCCAGAGUGACCGGUUGACUGAGAGCAGCUCUCACAGCAGCACAGCAGGAAAAGCCACCAGCGAAGGAGCAGGAGCGCCCACUGCCCUGCCGCUGCCGUCCCACUCGAAGCACAGCAGCAAGGAUGGCAGCACUCAGACGGAUGGAGUGGCUGAGAGCAGCGGCCAGGGUGAGGGCACCGAGCGCCCGGCUGGUCUGAUGGAGAGCUUGGCUGAUGUCAGAGCCCCUGACCUGUCUGACAUGGUGGAGAUCCUGAUUUAAGGCCUCCCAUGGAAUGCACACUGGCCCCUCU